UUUUCAGAGGAAACUGCACUCUGCGGAGAUGAGCGUCACUAUUCAACACAUGGUGGACUGCAGCAGGCCUUCAGCUCAUGUCCUUCAUCUGAGCGAAAUAACUUGGACUCAACUCUGACAGCGCUCUUUUCCAGGACUGAACAUUUUACGAUACGACCCACUGAAAACUCAGGACGGAGAAGAGCAGUCCACAGGAGACAUUGCAGAUAGACUGAGCAUCUGACAAGAUGACUUGUGACCUCUGACCCCUGUGCUGCCAUCCAGAUGUGAGCAGGAGGGAUGCCUCUGGUCAAGAGAAACAUCGAGCCUCACCACCUGUGCCACGACGCGGUGCCGGAUGGGAUCGGCAGCGAGCUGGAGUGUGUGACCAACAACACGCUGUCGGCCGUCAUCCGUCAGCUCAGCAGUCUGAGUAAACAUGCAGAAAAUGUGUUCGGGGAGCUUUUUAAUGAGGCCAACACCUUUUACACUCGUGCAAACUCUCUCCAGGACCGUAUUGACGGCUUGUCAGUCAAAGUCACCCAGCUGGAUUCCAGUGUAGAGGAGGUGUCUCUUCAGGACAUAAACAUGAGGAAGGCGUUCAGAAGCUCCGUCGUCCAGGACCAGCAGGUUUUGACCAAAGGCAGCGCUCCUGAUUCUGUGUCUGAACUGUACAGCAGCUGUGACAGGCCUCCCCCUCUUAGCACCCUCACUGCUUACAGAGAGGAUUCCACAGACGCAAUGAAGUUCUACUCAGACCCGUCGUACUUUUUCGAUUUGUGGAAAGAGAAGAUGCUACAGGACACUGAGGACAAGAAGAAAGAAAGGCGGAGGCAAAGGGAACAGAAAAGGUCCAUGGAGAGCAGCACGCUCCAGCGCGAGGUGAAGAAGGUGAGAAAGGCUCGAAACCGCAGACAGGAGUGGAACAUGAUGGCUUUCGAUAAAGAGCUUCGACCAGAUCACCACCAUCCGCAAACUCUGCGGCGAGGAGCGUCCUCAGAGGGCUCGCUUUCUCCAGACGGCAGGCCUGAUCUUCUGGAUUACCCAGUUCCUCCAGUACCUGCUCAGGCUGCUUGUAACUAUGCCAAGUCUCAUGAUUACAUCCCUGGAACCGCACCCCCCUCCCCACCUGUGGAACAUGAGUACCACAGUAUCGAUGUCAACUACAAGAGAGUGACCUACUCCACAUCGGAGCCUCACAUCGCUGACAGAAUCAGUGGUGCAGUCCAUCUGUCUGCAGACUCCAACUCGGUUCCUCCACCUCCUCCCCCAGGCCCACCCAUCCCGUCAGCUCAGACUGCCUUUGGUUUUCCGCGGGGUUCGCUACCUCCAGCGCCCCAUAAUGGAGUUUUGUAUGCUGGCCCUGGCUACCCACUCCCACCGGUCCCUCCGCCGGGGCCUCGCGUGGCCCCUCCACCCCCAGGGCCUCCUCCUCCACCUCUCCCUCCUCCAGCUGCACCCUUACACCUGCCGGUACACCCCAAAGGCAGGAGGGCAGAAACUAAAUCUGUGAGAGAUGCUAGAAGUGACCUGUUAUCUGCCAUUCGCAUGGGCAUCCAGCUGAAGAAAGUGCAGGAGCAGCAGGAACAGCAGAACAAGCGAGAGCCCAUUGGCGACGACGUGGCCACCAUCCUUUCUCGGCGCAUUGCAGUGGAAUACAGCGACUCUGAGGAGGACUCCGAGCUGGAAGAAAACGAGUGGUCAGACUGAGCCAAAGUUUUGCUCGAGGGACCCUUUUAAACACAAGAAACUUAGUAGUUAAUAACUCAGWUUGGUUCCAUUCGGUGUCUGUUUACGCUGUUGUUUUUUUCUCUGACAUUUAGGAGGUGGAAAUAUUACAAAUACAGUUUGUAUUAAAGCAUUUUUAUCACUAUUAAAAUAUGAUUAAUUUGUUUGUCAUUCUAAACAACCUGUUCCAUAAAAAUAAAUAAAACCAAAAAAAUUUAAAAAACGCCA